AUGAACCUCAACAGGCAACAGCAAGCCAUCUCAAGGGAGGGGAUUCUCAAGUCACCCCACUUCCAAUCCAUCGAUGCCAUCCACAAGGACCAAGAUGACAAUGACCAGGAAGGAAGGAGCCCACGCCCGACCCCUACGACGAUGGUUCUGUUUGUGCGCCAGCGACGACCACAACCUCCCUCUCCGAUAAAGCCGAGGACAAUUAGAGAGUUCCAUGUCAUUUAUCCAAAUGAAGAUGAUAAUGAGAAAUUCCAACAUUAUGCUUUCCCGUUGAAUAUAGCCAAAGAAGCAAAUUCUAGCAGAGAAGCAAAUUUUGUAGAUUGA